AUGUCCGUCCCCCUCCCCUCCGACCCCCCGCCCAUCAGCGACGCCGUCCCUCCCAAAUCAGACCACCCCGCCUCUGCCAAGCCCAUCCCCCGCUCCCGCCCUACCCCCAUCGCCCUCUCCUCCUCCCCCUCCAAGGAGAAGGACACCGCCUCAGGCGCCGGCCCAGGUGGCGGGGGUGGGGGUGGGCUGGGCGCGACGCCGGGGUCGUAUAGAUACCGCGCUGGGGCAGCCACGUCAGUCGGCAAGUCGUUCCAGGAUGACAACUGGCGUGAUCGGUCGCCUGCCCCCCCCGGAACGUUGGGGUCGGUCUCGGGCAGCGGCGCGAAAAGCGCGGGCUUGCAGGGGAGUCAGACGGGGACGAAAGUGCCGGAAAAGACGAUUGGUUUUGAGAAGCGCGAUUUGGGGAGUCUCAAGUCGAGCCCUGGUGUAGGCGUGGACAGUGGACUGAGCAGGGAGAGGGAGAAGAAGAAGGUGGUGGAGGAGAAGGAUGAAGAUGGCAAGACUACUUUGAGCCAUGUGCCCUGUAGGUUCUUCAAGGCGGGGGCUUGUACUGCUGGAGAGAGCUGCCCAUUCUCACAUGCUGCUCCGGACUCGGCGAAGCGAGAAGUGUGCCAGUGGUUCUUGAAGGGCAACUGCAAGUUUGCGCAUAAAUGCGCUUUGGCGCAUGUACGUCCCGGAGAACCCAUGUCGAUGGACCGCAAGAACAAGAAGGCCGCGCAGCUCGAAGCCCGCGAGCGCGAUGGCAAGCCCCUCAACGGCGAGUCCAACGGUCGAAGGGACGACUCUGUCGCCAGCCCCGUCCCCAUCCGUUCUGCCCUAUCCUCCUCUAUCCAGUCUCCUCCCGCUAGGCAGAUUGGCUCCUCCCCCAUGCGAGAGCCGUUCGGCCCUCCCUCUGGGGCCUUGCCAAAUAGCCCUCCAGCGGCCGGGUUUGCCCAUUCGUUGACUCGGGCGCAUCCUGCUUUUGCGUCAUCGCCCAACAGGCCUUCGCCUCUGUCUGCGAGCUUUGGAGCUGUGGGCAGCGGGCUUGCUGCGGGCAGCGUCCCUGGGCCGCUUUCUCUCAAGCAGGGUAACCCCUUAUCCACCCUGCGCCCCCCUGUCACCACCGCGCCAUUCUCAUCAUCCUUCUCCCACUCUUCUCUGGCUAUCGAACGCCCUUCAAAUACCGUCGCCGCCCCCCUCUCUGCAUCAUUCGCCGGUGACGCGCCCUCCCUCCACCGAUCCAUCUGGUCCCGCUCCGACCAGCCCCCUCAACCGCUCUCCCCGCGCAAACCCAUUCCCCGACCAAUCAAACGCGACACGGUGUUUGAAGACGAGGAUGAUCACGGGGAAGAGUUCUUGCCUUCUUCCUUGUCCGACUUGCUCACGCCGCAAGAGCGUGCGAGGAGGAUGUCGAGGAGGGAUAGCGAUGGUGAAGCCUACUCGCCUUCCUAUGCCCAAAGACCUGUAUGGACUGGUGAAAGGCUGGCGCAGAGUGCUGGUGCGACGAUGGGCCAGAAAGGUUUCUUGCAAGGCCUUUGGUCUGCCAACGGGGAGGACGCUCGAAAACACCGCAACUCUUCCUCCAACGCGCAAGACUUGACCUUUGGCCCCACCACCGCCCAACCUUCAGGCCACCGUACGAGCCUCCUCACACAACAACGUUCCCCAGGCAGCGCUUCCCCGACGUCCCCAGGCAUGUCCACAUCAGCUUUCGGCGCCCCGGCGCUCAACGGCAUUGGUUCGAACGACCCAUACCUCAUCCGCCUGGACCCUUCCUCCCCAUCCCAAAGAGCACUACUAGACCACGCCCCCGGCCAAUCACUCCCCGGCGGCCUCGCCAGUGCGCUCUCGAGAUUGCACAUGCACGGCCCGCGCUCGCCUGCCAACCUCGCGGUGGGCUCGCCGCCUGCCGCUGGCGGACUGGGUUUGGGCGGUAGGGGCGGGCUGGGAGAUGGGUGGAGGGUGGAUGAGCAUGAGGGGGAGGGGGAGGAUGGGGUUGGGACGCCGUUGGGGGGUGCGGGGGUUAAGAGGGAGGAACAUGAUGAGGGGUUGUUUGCUAUGGAUGGGUGA